ACCAUCCUUCGCCAGUCGUCCAAUUUUAUCACAAUGAACUUCAGCGUAAAUUGUAUAGCAAUCAUAGGCAAAUUGAAUAAUCCUUUGUACAUAAAAAACUUCAGCCAAUCUCACCAAGACUUGAAGUACCACUAUAUCGCACAUACCUCUAUUGAUAUAAUUGAAGAAAGAAUUAGUGCAGCGGCAAAGCAUACUGACCAAUACCUGGGACUUCUGUACGCCAUGGAGGAUUUGGCUGUCUUCGGGUACAUAACAAACACUCGGAUCAAAUUUAUACUUGUGAUUAGCCUGGCCGACGUCAUCAUCAAAGACCAAGAUAUGAAAAACUUGUUCCGCAGAAUACACAACGCCUACGUCAAUCUAGUUUCAAAUCCCUUCUACGAUCCUGACAGUAAAAAACCCAUCGUAUCCACAAGAUUUGAGCAAGCAAUGCGAGAGAUUGCAACAUAACCCCUAUAAUAUAAGUCUGGAAGGAAUAUUGUUCCCUGCCAUGUGACUGGAACCUGCGCCGUUCUGUGUGUCUCGAUGAGUAUAACACACAAUCUCUGAUAUCCUCAACAAGAUCAACACGACGGCUCCGGAUAUCUCAAAAGUACGCCCACUAUAUUCGGUCCGCAUCCCAUUAUGGAUGUACCAAGAACUGGUUGAAGCAGGUAUACAUUGUUGCCAGCGCGCUGCGCCCAUCCGUACGCAAAUCCUUUCUGCGUCCACUUCACCAGUCUCGCCUGGAAUCCGCCUGCUAAAAAAUCCUUCAGUUGCUGUCAUCCCCCGAGUCCACCGAACCUGAUCCAGAAUCGCUCUCAUUACUAGAGGAAUCGGUAGCUCUACUCAGCCCAACUGGAAGAUAUUGCAGAAGUAAUUUCCUUUAGUUUCUGAAUAUUAUUAAACAUUACCAUGCGCGAA